AGUGAGGGCAGGUACCUCUUCCUGAUUGUGGAGCGUGAACUCAGCGAUUAUUCACGACCCAUUACACGUCGCCUGUGGUCUUCAUGGAUGUGGAGAGUUUGUAAAGCAGGCAGCAGAUGCUGAACAUCUCGACUCCCAGCUGCACCCCCACCCCACCAGACUGCUUCCCCCUCAGCCUCCGCCACACGGCCGAAUGUAGAAGUGAGACCUCGGCUGAACCAGCGAAGCGCAAACUGACGGAUCUCUCCAGGAUGAGGUCCACCGUGAGCUUUUACCUAUGCUACCUGCUGUGCCUGUGCCUGGGCUUGGCCUGCGUGGUGUGCGUGUGUGUGUGGAACAGCCAGUGGCGCGGCGGGUUCGCCUGGGAUGGCUCGGCCCACCAGUUCAACUGGCACCCCGUCCUGAUGGUCACAGGCCUGGUGGUGGUGUACGGCAUCGGAGCAGUUGUGUACCGCAUCCCCCUGACCUGGGGUCAGAACAAACUGCCCUGGAAGAUCCUUCAUGCUGCACUGAUGCUCAUCGCCCUGCUGCUGUCAAUCGUGGGACUUUGUGCUGUGUUUGACUUCCACAAUGCCAAAGGCAUGGCCAACCUCUACUCCAUACACAGCUGGAUUGGAAUAGUUGCUGCCGCUCUGUUUGCCCUACAGUGGGUGGUAGGUGUGGCUGGUUUUCUCCUGCCGUGCUCCCCUGUUUCACUACGAAAACUCAUGAAACCCGUCCACGUGUGGCUGGGAGGCAGCAUACUGUUGCUCAGCAUCGCCGCCUGCAUCUCCGGAAUUAACGAGAAACUCAUCUUUAGCCUUAAAGGAAACAUCACUGAAACUCAGCCGUACUCCAGCCUUCCACCUGAGGCCGUGUUAGGAAAUUCAUUAGGAGUUUUGAUCGUAGUCUUCGGUUUGGUCGUCCUGAAGAUUUUGUCCAACUACUCAUGGCAGCGACCGGACCCUCGACCGGAGGAUGUGGCUUAUGCGCCAUUGUUUCAAGAAGACAAUGAUUGAAGGAAAAUUGUCCAGGCAGGCAGAAUCUGCUCAUCCAUCACAGAUCAGAAGAGUCGAGAUAGCUAUAGUGUGAAUGUAAAAAGAGCUGCCUGGAGUUUGUAAGAAUGGUCUGCUUUUGCAAAUAUUUAUUUGAAAUUUUUAUUUAAUGUUGCUUUUUUUUGCUCGAAGAAUAAAAAAACAUGUUUCAUGAAGAAUGUCCUGUUGUGCAGUGCAAUGCAGCUCACCAAUAAUAAAUUGUAGCUUUUACUUUAUUGCGGACACGCCAAACUAACACAGGUGGUCAAUAGCUGGAACAUGUACUAAGAUAUGUUGUUCACUGCAGAGCCACAUUGGGGUUGGAUCUACUACUCAUCCAGCUACUAAUUCAUAAUUUUUUUUAUUUCUUUAUAUAUUUUAUACACAUCCAAACUUCAGUUAAGGUUGAGUUAGCCAAGGACAUGUUCCAUCUAUUUUGCUCUGAAUAUUAGCAGGGUAGGAGGUAGGGUCAACAUAUAUUUCAUUCAAUUUUUCAUCAGCCAACCCUCAACGUAAUGUGCCAGAUACUAAGGCAGUUGGUGUUAAAUUAUUAUACAAGAUAGAGGAACAACCGUUAAAGUUUUGAAAAGCUGACAUUUGCUAUAGCACCAUCAUGAGGUCAAAACUUGCUAUUACUUUUCCAUGACUAUAUCUGCAGAACUAUUGCCACUCCCAUGAGCUUCAGCAACUUUAUAUUAUACCUGUUUAACAUGAACAAGUUGGCAUUGCAACUGAUGAUCAUUUUGAUGUUAAUAAGUUCUGACUCAUAGAUCUACCAGAUACUGUUUUGUCUCUGCCUUGAUGUUGAAGCAUUUGGUUUCAGUAUAUGUUUCUGUGGUAAAAUAUUAAAACAAUUGAUGCAGCCUGUAUUUAACAAUCUCAUUGUAUGAAUCCGGUACCAGUAAACCACUUACUCGGAGAGAGGGUUGAAUUUGGUUACCAGAGUUAUGUCCAAGUUUAAGAAUAUAUCUCUAAACUAGCAUGGCACUAAGAAUCAAUACUUCCGACAAGACCCAACAGCCCCCGUUUGAAACCACAUUUAUAUUCACCAGAUUCACGGUAAUCCUUGUACUAUCUGUAUUCCAGUAAGUACUGUUAUUUGUCUGAUUUAAUUUUGAACGUUGAAUGUUCAAUGUAAGACACAUCAGGUAAUGAAAAUGUGUUAUCCGACAUGAUUCUGUAUUCUUCAGAGAGCUUUGUGUAGAAGUAAAAGCUGCAGAAAAAGACCUCCCUGUUCCUCUCAAAAAGAUUCUUUACUCUGUUUUUCUACAACCUUCACUUUAUUUGAUCAAUAAACAAUAUGAAGUUCA